AUGAACGUGGAAAAGAAGGAUCGUGAAAGAGAGUCUGAAGCUUCGGAGCAAGUUGUGAAUCCAUAUAAAGUGUCCGGAAAAGACGGCAAGGAGAUCGAUUACGACAAGCUUAUUGACAAAUUCGGCUGCCAAAGGCUCGACGAGUCACUGAUUGAUCGUGUUCAAAGACUUACUUCUCUUCAACCACACGAAUUCCUCCGCCGUGGUGUCUUUUUCGCCCACAGGGAUUUCAAUGAGAUUCUGGACGCGUAUGAGAGAGGAGUUUUAUCUCUACACUGGGAGAGGACCGUCAUCGGAAGCUUUGCAUUUAGGGCAUUUAAUUGCUUUCUUGUUUACCAAAUACUUGCAAGAAGCUUUCAAGGUUCCUCUUGUUAUACAGCUAACGGAUGA